AUGCCCUCGUGGGAACGACGCCCGCGACCGCGCGAGGCCGCGCCUCUCCGCGCGUGGAACGGCGUCGACGCCGUCGCGCGCGUCGCGACCGCGCGCGACGAGACCGGGGAGAACGCCGCGCGCGCGCGGCGUCCGAAUCUCAACCCGCCGGCGGACGGCGCGGGAAUCGUCUCGUGCGCGCACUGUUACAAGCGAUACAAGACCGUCGAGCUCCUGCGCGAGCACGAGCGCGAUGCGGGGCACUCGCGCCACGACCCGCGAUGCGGCGAGUGCGGGAAGCACUUCGCGUGCGUCGACACGCUGCGCCAGCACCUGGGCCUGACCACGGGGCCGAGCGCGGCGAGAUGUAAAUCCGCGUUCGAAGCGCGCGGCGGGUGCGCGCGGUGCGUGUUCAUCCCCCCGUCGUCCCCCGCGACGACCGACGAAGCCGACGCCGACGCGGCGUCCGCGUCCGCGCGCCGCGAGCGCCACAGGUGCCCGUUCGACGUCGCGGCGGCGCCGGCGCGAGGACGCCGCCGCGCGGUCGCCGUCGACUGCGAGAUGGUCGGCGACGACGUCGACGGCGGCGGCGCCAUGUGCGCGCGCGUCUGCGUCGUGGACGAGCGCGGCACCGCGCUCCUGUCCACGCACGUCGCGCCGACGAGGCCGGUGACGGACUACCGGACGGAGCUGACGGGGGUGACGGAGGAGAGCUUGCGCGGGGCGCCGUCGUUCGAGGACGUCCGCGCGCGGGUGUUGGCGUUAAUCCGCGGCGGCGGAGGAGGAGGAGAGGUAACGCCACACGACCACGCGUUUCUCGUCGGGCACGACCUCGCGCACGACCUCGAGUGCUUAGACAUCGCGCGCGAGAUCCCGCGCGCGAUGCUUAGGGACACCGCGACGUACGCGCCGUUCAAGAGGCACACGCAUCGGCCGUACAAGCUGCGGACGCUCGCGGAGGCGUUUCUCGGGUUGCACAUUCAAACCGACGGCGUCGCGCACGACCCGAGGGAGGACGCGCACGCGGCGAUGCGGCUGUAUCUGGGCGCGAGGGAUUCGUGCGAGGUGCAUCACCCCGACGUCGACGCGCGCGAGGCGGCGGCGGCGGGGACGGGGGAGGAGCGCGGCGCGGACGGCGCGUGCGGCGCGCCGAGGUUUCGGUGCUGGUGCGGCGACAAGGUUGGGGCGGAGACGACGGACGCGGACGGGGACGCGCCGCGGCGGGGCGCGUCCGCGUCGACGUCGACGACGCCGACGAAAGCGGGGAAGAGUCGAGCGAAAGGACUCGCGCCGAGCCCGGUGGCGGUGCUCAAGGACGCGACGAACGUUCAGUCGCCGAGCGCGAAGUGA